CCCGACCACCAUCCGCCCCCCUGCCCAUUGACCUCAAAAGGUGAGCUGCAGACCCCUCUCACGUGGCCCCGCACCACCAUCACAUCAGAUGUCGACACUCGAUGGGGGCGGGAGGGCAACCCUGAAAGGGGCAUUCCACCCACCAUCCUGCCCCUUCGGCUUGACCUGCUGCCAGCCCCAGAGUAGAGUAGGCUGUCGGCCGCUCGGCUGGAUCAUGCAGCCAGCAGUGACCAGGAGACGAAGUCGCGAUUGUCUCAGCACACGACACCUCUGCCACCACACCCGUCUCACGCAGACGAUCACCUGUCCUCCCUCUUCAAGCCGUCGAGGCUGGCAGGCACUGGAACGUCGAUAACAGAACUAGUCCGGGCGGUAUAUCCUACGCUCGCCGCAAUCUUUCUCACUCGACCUGCCCGAGCCUGCGAGCGAACCCUUUAGCCACAGCACUCGAACAAGUUGUCACAAAUGAAACGCAGCUGCUGGACAGCUUUCUGACACCAUGACCGCAACUAUGGCUGCCUCGCUGGACAGCCGCCAUUUCUUCCCCACGCGCGCAGAUGCUUUGACGGCCGAGGACUUCGAGACGGCUUCUAUUCGCUCGGCCGCUCCAUCAUACAUCUCCGAAGCUCCCUCCUACCACUCGGUCGCUCCUUUCCCUGAAGCGAUCCCUCCUUAUACCCCGCCGGGUACGACAACCACCCUGCACAGCACCAACACGGCCCAGCCUCAGUCGAGAAGCCUCAUCCCGGAUGUCAUCAACCCGCGCGAGACCCCCCGGCAAACCACCGGUCUGCCCCCCAUUCCGCCUCUGGGGGCCUCCGCCCCGCGCCUCAGCCAGUUCCAAAUUCCCACCUGGUCAACCGUCCGCGCAAACCCCUGUUACCUCAACGUCGCCCGCCGCCGCGCCAACUCGGGCAACAAUGACUCUGUCGCCUCCAUCCGCCGUGCAAUGCUUCUCGAUCGCGUGCUCGAGGAUGAGGACUUUGCCCCUUCGAUGCCCUCUUCUUCGUCGUCCUCGUUGCCUGCGCCCGGUCCCGCGUCCUCUUCCGCUUCUGCUUCGUCCCCAUCUUCAUCCUUUAGCAUGCGCCGCCACCUCGAAGACCCACACCUUGUCGGCGAGGUUGCUGCCGCCGAGGCAAAGCGCAAGAGGCUGGCACGCGAAAGAGGCAACGACAUCCUUGUCGCGGAGGACAGGCAGUGGAACUUCUUCCUCGCGCAAAUGGGUGAUAUCGAGGAACGUGACCGCAGCCUGCCCCGCACCCGUCGUUCUCCGGAGCCUGUGCAGCGGCGCAAGCCGGCCCGCCGUCUCGCGGGACGGCUGCUGUGA